GCCUGGGAGAGAUUGUGCCCGCUAUUCCCUCUCUCUCUCGUCCUCUCCUACUGAGCCUGCUUCUUAUCCUUCACCUUUCAUCUUGUUCUUGCGGGAGUCCUGAAGGAUUUCUCUCCUCUGAAGCAUCCUCAAGGCCAGUAAAGACACCUGGAGACCAAGGCGACAGCGAGAGAGAGAGAGAGGCAUCGAGGGUCACGUUCCUCCCAGCACAACAUAGCUCUACCUCGGCCCCCUACCCUGCCUCCUUCCUUCUCCCCUGCACGUGUAAGGGUCGCUGGUGAUGGCGCGAGCGUGGGUGUGGGCGUGGCGUUGCUUGUGGGGGAUUUCUCUGCUGGCUUCUGCAUUUGCUCAAGAACUUGAUAAUGAGAAUUCGGUCUUGGCCGUGUACAUGGAGUCAAUGCUACUGGCUGGCACUCGGGGCGAAACUCAGCAGGUGAUAGAGAAGGCAGUAGCAGACAACAUUGGAGUGAUAAAGAGGGGGUCAGUGAGGGUGGAGAUGGUGGACACACUGAACGAGACGAUGGCGGAUGAUGUGACGGCAGUGCUGACCCUCGCCUCCUGCCCCGCCACUCAGGAAUGGGGCAUGAAACUAGCGGAUAAUCAGAAGCUCCAUAUUGCUCUUACCGAAUCUGGAUGUGGGAGGAUCAAUCGAGGCACUGCCAUCACGGUUCCUAUCACGAACGGUGCUAAUGACCUCGCUCAGGUGUUCAAAGACAUGAGGAGCCACGAAACGCUCACCUGGGACGACAUCACGGUGAUCCACGACGACAGCAUGAAUAAUUUGGAGAUACAGAGAAUCGUCAACCUGUUAGCGGAGGAGACCCCGAUGGUCAAGGAGACAGCCAUCACAUUGUUAGACCUGUCAGCAGUGCCCUCCACCAUGCAGCGGAGGAAGAUGUUCUCCGCUUUCCAGCCCCGAGCCGGCGAGCCCAAGGAGAAGCAGUUCCUGGUCAUCUGUUACAAGGACGCCCUGGCCGAGAUACAGGACAUGGCUCGGUCGCUCGACCUAAUGGGCCCCAAGAACCAGUGGCUGUUCGCGGUGCCCGACACUCACUCGCUGAAGUAUGACAUGUACGCCUUCCUCGCCAACAUGAAGGACGGAGACAACUUGGCCUUUGUGUAUAACAUGUCCGACAUGAAUCCCACCGACUCCUGCCAGAAUGGGCCUGACUGCUACAUUCGUCUGCUUAUCGCUAACUACAUGACAGCCACAUCGGAGGUGCUCGUGCAGGAGUACGACAAUUUCCUUCAGGUGUCGGAGGAGGAGUGGGAAGAGGUGAAGCCGUCGCCAGGUGCUCGAGCUAGCAAGAUCGUGAACAUUAUGAAGAUGGCGAUGAAGGAGAAUAACGAGUGCUCCAAGUGUACCGAGUGGGGCGUGCAGGCCGUGGAGACGAAGGAUGUAGAUAGUUUUGAGUUGCUAAAUGUAGCGGACUGGUCUCCCUUGGACGGCCUGAUGCUGUACGAUGACCUCUUCCCACACGUCACAGGAGGGUUCAGGGGACGCACCAUUACCGUGACCUCCGUGCAUUACCCGCCGUGGCAGAUUUUCGUAAAGGACUCCUCCGGACGGGUAGAGGAAGAGGGGCUCAUGUUCGAGGUGCUGAAGGAAAUGGGCUCUAAACUCAAUUUUACAUACGUGGUAAGACCUCCACCUGACGGCCAGUGGGGUGUCAUGGACGGUAGCGGCAACUGGAAUGGCAUGAUGAAGAUGGUGCAGGACAAGGAGGUGAUGAUGGGCGUGGCAGCCUUCACAGUGUCAGACAAGAGGAUGAGGGCAGUUAACUUCACGUCUGCCAUUGACCUUCAGCCCUACACCUUCAUGAUCGCCCGCCCCCAGGAGCUGUCCAGGGUCAUGCUGUUCAUGGAGCCCUUCGCUAAUGACACGUGGAUUCUUAUCGCCAUCACCGUUGCUAUCAUGGGUCCUAUCCUGUUCUUCAUCAACCGCAGCUCGCCCUACUACACUUACUACGACCUGUACGACGGCAAGGGUCUGUUCAAGCUACACAACUGUUCCUGGUAUGUCUACGGUGCCAUCCUGCAGCAGGGCGGCACCAAACUUCCCCUCAGCAAUUCAGGUCGCUUAGUGGUCGGGUUCUGGUGGAUCUUCGUGUUAAUCGUCGUCACCACGUACUCAGGGAAUCUCGUGGCCUUCCUCACCUUCCCGCAGAUCGAGAACCCGGUCAACACCCUAAACGACCUGCUCAAGUUGAAGGACACCAUGAGCUGGGGCUACAUCGGCGGUACCAUUCUUCAGGAGUACUUCACGGACGCAGAGGGCAAGUUCCUGAAGGUGGGUGAGGAUGCGGAGAAGCACGAAGAUUCCAAGAGGGCCGAGCUGUACAACCGGGUGCGCUACACAGAUCACGCCUUCUUAGAGUGGAAGACCAACCUUCUCUUCAUCAUGCAGGACGAGCUCUUUGCCACCGACACCUGUGACUUUUCCUUGGGACGCGAGGAGUUUUACCAUGAGAGUGUCGCCAUGACUGUGCCUAAGGAUAGCCCUUAUCUGGACCACUUCAACGCUCAGCUGAAGAAGAUGAAAGUGGGAGGACUGAUACAGAAAUGGAAGCAGGAUUACUGGCCCAAGAAGAACAAGUGCUCCACCACAGCCUACGGCGGAGGGGACGCCACCAGGACCGUCUCCCUCUCUGACAUGCAAGGCUCAUUCUUCCUACUGUUUAUAGGGUUCGUGCUCGCCGCCGUCAUCAUCACCGGAGAGUGCAUUAUGCGGAGCUUCGUCGGUAAAAGCGAGCCCGGCUCCCGCUCCAGCACGGGGACGCUGGUCAAGCCGUUCAUGGCUUAGAGACCUUGAAUUCCUGCAGAACAUGUUGUCCUUUACUCUACGCUCUUCCUCCUCCAAGCCGUCCUCCCCAGACUCCAACUCCUACUUUUCUUCCCAUUUCGCCCCAUCUCUUGGCACAGCACCCGCCGCCCCAGCCUCUCCCUGCCCACUGUGCCGCCGCCUGAUCUCCUGCACUUCACCACCCCGCCAGUUAUCGACGAGUACCUGGUGCCGCCUCCCAUCACAACCCAGCGCCAGUCACUCUGCACGCCCACCCGCCCACACCACUCGCCGCGCCGCUCACUCCCCAUUCACAUCACCCUUCCUCACGACCUCGACUCCCCCACCACGCCGCCCCCCUCCCCAUCACCUGAGUCCAGCUUGAUGCUUUUCGAGUGAGAUUCCCGCUGACCACUACCACCACCAGUGCCUCCGUCUGUAACUGAUCCUGUGACACUUACGCUGCUUGUGUAAUGUUGUUACUGUAUUGCACGCUAUUCCCUGUACCCUGCCACGCUAUGUCCCUGCAUUCUACCACUCUAAGACACUAUUUUGCUGCAAUACGCCCUUAAGUUUCACACUAGACAGGGUUUUUUUUUUUCUUUUAUAGAGACUCUAUACCUGUCUUGAUGUGUUGGUGACUCAAUUGUCUGCAGAAUAGUGAUAUUAGUCUCACGAAGUUUUUUAGGUUCCGCAAGAUUAGGAUAGACACACAUCGGAAAAACAAAAGUUCAAACAUGCCUAGAUAUACUAUUACUCAGGAAGAUUAUAAAGCAAUGCUCAUAAUACAUGUCCAGCCUACCAGUUGCUUCAUUACUCAUCAUAGUUUUGGAUUGUGUAAGUGAAGAUCUUUGCGUCAGCCAUGUUGUCCAUCAAGCAAGGCCGUCCACUGUCUUGAGGGUGGGAGUAGUAAGUAACGUCAGAAAGACAGCAGUGCCAGAUGGUAACAUUUUACGCCACGACGUCAGGACAACCAGCCAGAAGCCAUCUAAGUGCAUUGACAUAAAGGCCAUAGCAUUAGCAAUGAUACAAGAAGGCCUACAAUAGGAUACAAUAGGCCUACAAGUGGCAGUCCCAGUCAGUAUGUAGUCCCUUUAUGUGGCAUGUUUGCUUCACUCGCUUUUCUUCUGCACAGCUUCCCUCGCUCCUACACGGUCCUGUUACCACGUCACCGUGACACACACUUCGUGAUGCUCACUCGCCUCACUCAAAGCACAACUAACGCACAACUACUACAUUUCCCGCCUAUCACCUCGAUUCACGCCUCGACCCACCUUUCCCUGCCAACCACCCCACCCCGUAUACACUGCUACCCUCAAUUGGCUCAGUCUCUGUGUGCUGUUACCUACACCCUCUCCGUGGUCUAUCCACGGUCAGCUGGUCACAAGAGUCUUGGGGCAGUGGACGGCCCUUCCCUGUGUGGGCGCGGCGCCACUUAGUGCUGUAGUUGCCGCUUCACUUUAACCUUGCAAUAUAGGAAACAAUAGAUGGUAAAUGUAACCAUAUUUUACUACAAUACCUAUUAUAUAUAGAAAUUAUAUGCCAUGUAUAGAACUUAGAGUAUUGUUAUAGUGAUGCGAGAGGCAGUACUGUGCACUGUGUCUAGUCAAGAGUGAUUCAUAGAGAAUAGUACGUAACGAAAACUGUCAUUGUCUGUUUGAUCGUCUUUUGUGUUAUGGGAAGGUUGUGCUCAAUCCUUCCUUCACCUUCUGGACAGGAAGGCUUCUGCUGGACACGUGCCUGGCUAUCUGCCACGAGGCUUGAACAUUUCCAUUUUUCAAUUUAUCGAAUACAUUAUCAUUUUGAGACCUUGAGUUAACUUUUAUAUACAUGUACAAACUGUGGUUUUUUUUCUUUUAAUUUAGUUUUACUUUGAAUUCCAAUGUUUUAAGUAACGCCCUUGCUUUCAUCCCGUCUCGAGCCCCCAAUGGGGCGCCACACGCCACCAGUGUAUGGCGUCGUGAAGACAGUAGAGGCAGUAGUGAGCUCACACCUACACAGAGAUUAUAUAACGCUCAUGUUGAUGUUCAUGUUUGGGUGAACUGUCCAGAGUGUUCGGCAACACCCACAACACUCGCCAGCCCUCCGCUACGCACGGGCUGCUCAGACUGCACCCUUCCAAAUACUAUUUUUUUUUCUGGAAUUUGCUCACUAUAUAUACGUAAAUAAUAAAUGAAAAUA